AUGAAACAUGCAGGAAGUUUCAGUGUUAAGGGUCCAAUUUCCUUUCCUUCCCUUAUUUGUGGAAUAAUCUUGAACCAGUAUUCCAGCAUUCUCAAUGAGAAUGACUCAGCCUGCAAGAGAGAAAGCCCAUUGGCAUUCCACUAUAAAUUGUUUCAAGGAACACAUGUCCCAGACAUUGUUAUGACUUCUACAGAGACAUCCAAAAGUAGCUCAUCUUCUAGUAAAGCUGAAGUCAUUGCUAUGCUCAUGGAGACUUGCAAAGAACUGGAUACUAGGAAGGUGACUAUAGAGAAGAUGAUCAGCACACUGGAGAUGGAUGAAAAUGAUGAUUUUACUGGUGCUGCAGAGACAGAAGGUCAAGAGGAUAAAGAUGAACAGGAAAAUGGAAGUGAGUUUGAAGAAGAGGUGGAAGAAGAGGCCAGUCCAGCUGAUGGUACAGAUGACGAAGGUGAUGAAGACAACUCUGAUGACUCUGAAUCUGAAGACUAG